UGUGAAUUAACUUUUAUCUUUUUAUCUUAUCUAUCACUUUGGGGUCUGUUCAACCAUCGUUUUUCUUCCAGCUGGCCUCUAUGGACCGUUUAAAAGGAAAUGUUACUUAUGAGUCUGUUCAGCCCUUUGUUUCUGCCUGCCUUUCUGACCUCAACCCAGUCCGUCGAUCUGCUUUAAAUCAGCUCUCCGCAAUUGCGGCCUAUCUGGAUGGCACAUACUUCAUCCUGCGGAAUUUGUACAUUACACUGAAAGCAGCCAGACGAGCUGAUCAGCCAAAGUCCAGCACAUUCUUUGAAAACGCCCUGCUUGCCAUGGACGUGCUCCUGAGACCGGAGCAGAAGCCCUCCGGUGUUCUCGGACAACCAAUCAAGCCCAAAUCCGAACUUGCUCGUCACACACGAAUCUCUCAUCUCCGUCACAUAUUCACGCAAGUUUGGAUGCAAUAUUUGGGCAACCAGCUUCCGGACGAAUUGGUCCUCAAAACGAUCCGCAUGCUGGGUGACGGGGGACUGAGUCGUCUCAGCGACACACGUCUGUUGGCCGAUUACAUUGUCCCCGUGUUCGACAUGUCUUCCGUGGACGAUUUGGCUUGUGUCUCGGACCUGACUGUCCAACCGUCUUGGUCCCGUGCAUGCAGCCGCACCGUCCUCGGCUUGGUACACAAAGGAGGGUUGAACUAUCCCCGCCUGUAUCCCCGGUUAUACGAGUUGCUGGACGACAGUCUACUCGACUGCUCUGAAGUGGAACGAUUCCUGGAUGAUUUAGAUAUCUACCUGAGCUCUCUCCAUUUGGCGGUCAGUGUUGUUGCGUCGUUCAUCAAGCGCCUCGCACAACUUGCCCUCGUCAGCCCACUGCGUCUCACUCCCGCAUUUCUCUUGCUUAUUCGGAAUGCGCUCAUGCGUCAUGUGAAGUGUUCCGUGCUGAUUAAUCGAAGAACCUCACAGGCUGUCAUUGCUUCGGAGUCGCUGAGGACAUCGCAGACCCCAACUCCUCGUAUCGGUGAUCCUUAUCACUGGGAUCCGAAGAACAUCGAGUCGAGUGGAGCGCUGGAAAGCAACCUGUGGGAAGUGGCCAGUUUGACUAAUCACUAUUCCACCACUGUGUCCGAAAUGGCGAAUGAAAUUUGCCAUCCGCAACCUGGGAGCGUCAUUGAUUCAACCGUCUCCCCUUCUAUCCUCAUUCGCAAGCAAGAUAUGGAAUCCGACAGGGUCGCCAAGCACGUGCAAAGCAGCCUACUUGCACUGACUCAAUCGAAUGCCAAGAUGCCUGAAUUGCCCGCUCUGGAAGGUUGGAUCGUCUGACCUGUGCGCGCACCCUUCUCUGGCAUCUCAUUCCCUGACUGUAUUCCCCUUAUAUAUGUAUAUAUUGAUAUUUCAUGCAACAUAACGAGGAAUGCUUUUAUCA